GGCUUUUUUUUUUGUUUCCAAAAUUAGCCAUUUUUAUGCAGCCGUGAAGCUCGUUGGACCACCAAGAUCAAUGGCGUCUGCAACCACUCUUUUGUUCCACCACGGUUCCACUCGAGUCCUCGUAGCUCGUAGACGGUGUCAAGCCUCUGUCCUUAAACCUUGCGGACUAAAGCCCUUGAUUUCCUUCCGCAGCUUACCUAGCUCCACUGUGCCGUUCCGGCGUUCGUUGAGGCUGAAAUCCGAUGGAUUGGCUCGGGCCUAUGUUACUGGAGCGCCGCCUAUCGUGGACGAACCUGACCCAAAGAUUGAAGAAUCCAAAUCUGAGGCUGAAUCGAAGGAUUUAAUCAGUUGGGGGCUUGUGUGGAGCUUGAUGAGCAAACACAAGCUCAGGCUCAGUGUUUGCUUAUUGACUCUCCUUGGCUGCAGUACUUGCACUCUCUCUAUGCCUGUUUUUUCUGGUAGAUUCUUUGAAGUGCUGAUUGGGGUGAGACCAGAGCCUCUGUGGCGGCUGCUGAGCAAAAUUGCUGUUUUGUACUCGUUGGAACCCAUCUUUACUAUUGCUUUUGUGACCAACAUGACUGCUAUUUGGGAAAACGUUAUGGCAACAUUAAGAGCUCAGAUUUUCAGAAGGGUUUUGAUUCAAAAGGCAGAGUUUUUCGAUAAAUAUAAGGUAGGAGAGCUUACAGGGCUGCUCACGUCUGAUCUUGGUGCUCUAAAUAGCAUUGUGAAUGAUAACAUCUCACGAGAUCGUGGAUUUAGGGCAUUUACAGAGGUUUUUGGAACAAUCUGCAUUCUAUUUACUCUAUCUCCUCAACUUGCACCUGUGCUUGGUCUAUUGAUGCUAGCUGUGUCAGUUUUAGUUGCUGUGUACAAGAGAUCGACUGUUCCUGUUUAUAAAUCACAUGGAUUAGCUCAAGCAACAAUGUCUGAUUGUGUAUCAGAAACGUUCUCUGCAAUCCGAACUGUAAGAUCAUUCAGCGGUGAAAAACGUCAGAUGUCUCUCUUCGGUAGUCAGAUUCUUGCUUACAAGCUUAGCGGCUUAAAGCUUGGUACUUUCAAGUCUAUAAAUGAAUCUAUAACAAGGGUUGCUGUUUAUAUUUCUCUGUUGGCUCUUUACUGUCUUGGGGGAAGCAAGGUGAAGACGGGUGAGCUCGCUGUUGGAACAGUUGUUUCGUUCAUUGGAUACACAUUUACUUUAACAUUUGCUGUCCAAGGGCUUGUAAACACGUUUGGAGAUCUACGUGGGACUUUUGCUGCUAUUGACAGGAUCAAUUCCAUUUUAAACGCGGUAGACAUAGAUGAGGCUCUUGCCUACGGGUUAGAAAGAGAUAUACAUACAAAGAAAGUCCAAGAUGAAAACCUUAAAUUAUUCUUGUCUGCUGGCCCUAAUGUGAAUAUCCUUCACCUCGAUAACUACUACAUGUCAAAUUUGAAAUCAACUAACAAUCUACGUACCCUAACAUGGGCAGGAGAUGUGUGUCUUGAUGAUGUGCAUUUUGCUUAUCCUCUACGACCCAAUGUCAAAGUUCUUGAUGGGCUGAGUUUAACGUUGAAUUCUGGUACCGUAACUGCUCUUGUUGGCUCUAGUGGUGCAGGAAAAAGUACUAUUGUACAGUUAUUGGCACGGUUCUAUGAGCCAACAAAAGGACGUAUUACCGUGGGUGGAGAAGAUGUGAGGAUGUUUGACAAGAGUGAAUGGGCUAAGGUUGUCUCAAUUGUGAAUCAGGAACCCGUUCUCUUUUCUCUCUCUGUGGCCGAGAAUAUUGCAUAUGGUCUCCCCAAUGAGCAUGUGUCCAAGGACGACAUCAUUAAGGCAGCCAAAGCUGCCAACGCUCAUGAUUUCAUAAUCUCACUUCCUCAGGGCUACGAUACACUGGUUGGUGAAAGAGGAGGCUUGCUUAGCGGAGGACAAAGACAGAGAGUUGCCAUAGCCCGAUCUCUGCUGAAGAAUGCCCCCAUCUUGAUUCUCGAUGAGGCCACAAGUGCGCUUGAUGCAGUGAGCGAGCGGUUGGUCCAGAGUGCGUUGAACCGUCUAAUGAAAGACAGGACAACGUUAGUCAUCGCUCACAGAUUGAGCACAGUACAGAGCGCGCAUCAGAUAGCUGUAUGCUCUGAUGGGAAGAUCAUAGAGCUCGGAACACAUUCAGAAUUGGUGGCGCAAAAGGGAUCAUAUGCUUCACUUGUUGGCACUCAGAGACUAGCCUUUGAGUAAUUUACUCGGUGUAAUCUGUAACAAAUGACUAAAAAUGGUGGAAUCUGUGUUAUUUUUAUAUACAACUUUGAUUUACAAUAGUUUAUACAAAUUUAUAUGUAACAAGAAGAAAUUUAACGAA